CUCACACACACACACACACACACACACACACACACACACACACACACACACACACACACACCUUGAAGGGGAACAGACUCACUGUGUGAAGAGGGACAAAUAGAAGUCUUUACCAAACGCCUGGAAGACGUAAUUCAAUCUUUAUUUAAGUUUUGGUAAAUUGGUUUCAGUGAACAAAAGCUAUGCUGGUGAUUGUAUUAGGAAUGGUGUUGAGCCUCAGCAACACUGUAGCAGGCUCCACUUUCAAUUUAACUGUUCCUCACAGCCCAAUCCCAGUCCAGCUAGGUUCCUCUGCCACUCUGCCCUGCCAGCUCAACCCUCCUCUUAAUGCUGCACCGUUCCAAGUACGCUGGUACAGAAACGAUGAUGUUGAAAAUCCUGUUCUCCUCUACGAGAACCAGCAGAUCCAAGAGACACCUACAGACCCUCACUACAGGGGGAGAGCAUCUCUGAUAGGAGACCUGGAGAAGGGAGACGUGUCUCUGAAACUGGAGAACCUCACCCUGGCAGACAGGGGAGAAUACACAUGCUUUGUGAAGAGUGCUGCCUGGUAUGAAAGAGCCAGUGUGUCACUGAACAUGAAAGUUGUAGGCUCAAUCCCAGUACUGUCAUACACUGAAGUGAAGAAAGAUAAGAUGAAUGUUACCUGUGUGUCAGACGGUUGGUCUUCAAAUCCAAUGCUUACCUGGAGAAACAGACAAGAAGGAGAAAUAGACGUUGAAAUUCCAGUCAGUGAAUUCACAAUUGAUGCUGAUGGUCUGGUGAGUGUGAGUUCAUGGUUGCUGGUCCCUCCCUCUAAUUCAGAGUGGAUCUCCUGCUCGGUGUAUUUGUCUGAUCAGGAGAUGAGAGAGAGCAAAAUGUUGCCCCAGAUCACUAGAACACAGACAGAUGCAGUCACCCCACCCAGCAGCUCUGGCGGAUGGAAAGCUGCAUUCAUAACUCUUUUGGUUCUGGUUCUUCUGCAGUUCCCUUUACUUUACCUGUUAUAUCGUAAAGGUCUGGAUCUCAAAACUACAUACACAUACAGUUUACCUCAGACUUGUGAUGUGAAGAAAAUGUGA